UUCAGGUCUUGCAAGAAUAUCCAACGGCAGACAUCAGGAAGCGAACACACAGCUCCGCGAGCAGCUCGAUCUUUUCAAACAGAAUGUUAGACGGCGAGGACUCCGACCUGGACGAAGGGCCAGAUGUCAUAAGACACAAAACCAAAAUCGUCUAUCAGAGCGACUUCCCGUAUAUUCAGAUGGAACCUCCUGAUGUAAUAUAUGAGAGAUGGGCCAAGAUAAAGCCAGAGGUGAAGAAGCAGAUGGGUCACACGAUGCACAUCUCUGUGUUCUGGCGGCACAUUCUCCUGAGACAGCAGGACAAUAAUCCCACCACAAUCUGGGCUGUGGACAUGGGCUUUCUGGACUCAAAUGUUUCAAAUGAUUUGAGCUUGAGAAGGCUUAAGAAGAUAGAAGUGUUAGAGACCAUCCUGGAGGCCAUGGAGAUGGGUCUGUCUCGCAAAGAGAUGGAGAGGAAAGCCCGAGCUGUGGUGUCCAUAAACAUGUCCUUCACCAUGCAUAAACGCUGUCUGACUGAUGCCCUGAGCUGGCUGCAGGACUCUGGAGCGCCAAACAUCGGUGACAAACUCCUUGAGCUGGACUCGUUGGACAUUCGCUAUGGCACGCUCCGCUUCAUCUUCAAUGAAUACGCACGUUAUCUUCAGGUGGUGUCAUGCAGUAAAAAGAAAGCCAUGCAGGGGCUGAGGUGUGAUCCAGACGCCUGGUCUUUACAGAAAAGCGAGGAAAUGAAAAACAAAGGGAAUGACCAGUUUCAGAAAAAGAGAUACGAUAUGGCUAUUAAAUGGUACACCAAAGCCAUCAAAUACCACCCAAUCAAUCACAUACUGUAUGGAAACAGAUCUCUCUGCUUUAUACGCUCCGAAAAAUAUCUGAAAGCUCUUGGUGAUGGAAAGAGAGCGAUUGUACUGCAGCCAGACUGGGCAAAGGGUCAUUACCGCUUCUGUGACGCCCUCUUUUAUCUCGGAGAACACCCCAAAGCUCUGGAAGCAAACAGACUGGCACAGAGCUCCUGCAGCGCAGAUCCGGAGGGAUAUAAAGAUCUUCUGCAGCAGUAUGACAGAUUCCAGACAGAACUUCAGGAGGCCAAAGCUGAGCUUGUGAAGUCUAAGAAGAUAGAAAGCAAAAAGAAUUCUUCUAAAGCGAGAGCGCACAUUCCCAGUGAUUGUUCAUCCCAGCCUGUGAAAUCCUGUCAUCUGUCUGAACCAGCGUCUGAAUCGUCUCUUCUGGAAAAUCUGCAGCGAUCAGAAAAGCAGCACGAGAGCUCAGAAGACUCAGGAGCUCUGGCUGAAGACAGAAGUCACACAAACAGAGAUCUCAAGAGCAACAUGACUCCACGAAAGAGCAAGAAAUCUUCUUUAAACACUCCAGAGAAGCCAGCGGUCCGGAGCAAACAUCCACCGGCACCAGACCGUCAGGAGAACUUGAGUGACGCUGUGAAGAGAGAGCGCUUCUGUGCUGCGGUUCAGGAGGGUCACGAGGCUCUGAAGGAUCAGCGCUGUCGAAACGCACAGCAGUCUUUCUCUCUGGCCGUCAGUAUGCUGGACUCCAACAUCGUCACGGAUCUGGGUUUAUCACAGUUGGAUAAAUGUAUACUCCUAUAUGGAUAUGGUACAGCUCUACUGGAAGUUGGUCAGCCGGAGGAACUGGGUGAAGCCCGGAGGUUAUUCACCAAACUCGAGUCGUCAGAAAGACAGUUUCAGUCACUGGUGCAUUAUGGGAUGGGUAGAGUUUAUCUGAAAGAGAACAGAUUUGCUAAAGCUCUUGAGCACUUUUCUAAUGCGCUGCUAAUAAUUCAGAGACACAUCACACCUGGAAAACUGACCUGGCCAACAACUAGAGUAUUACUGGAGGAAACGCAACCGGCCUUUUUACAGGAACGUCUGGAGAACCUUGUAGACACGUGCACGUUUCCACCUAAACCUGAUGCUGUCUGCUGUCAUUCACACUGUUUGACUCAUUCUCUUCAAAUCUACUUCAGUGAUCCAGACUUUAAGGGUUUUAUUCAGCUGAUCUGCUGUCAGAAGUGCAGAGUUGAGUUUCAUAUGACCUGCUGGAAGAAACUCAAAAGUCUUUCAUUCACAGAUAAGAGCGACAAGGAUUUUCUACAGGAUCAGUGUUUUACUCCCGACUGUGAAGGUCAAAUCUGUCACAUUGUAAUAUUUGGCUCAACGGGGCUCAUAAAGUGUGAGUUUGAAACGCCUAUUCCUAAAACCCGACCGAGCGGGCGAAUGAAAAUUAGACAGCAAUGUACAAGUAUUAAGAAGUUGAAAUCUAAAAACGAUCGAAAGCUUAGACAAAAACAACACAGGCUGGCGGCCCGUGCUGACCAUCUAGAUGAAAAUGACGUUAUAGCUGCAGACGUUCCCGCAAAGAGAGCGACACCCAAACAUUCUUUUAUUGUGGAUCCUGUUUUACAUCAAAUUCAUGAAAACAAAGAACUUUUUAAAGAAGAGUCUGGGAAUAUUUCUUGUGUUCUGGAGCAUCUACAGCCCUGGCUGGAUUUGUAUGACACUAAAGGACAUGAGAGCGUGUUAAAGGGCUUUAGAGAAGAUGUAACGCUGUCAGAGCUGGUGGAUGUUCUGCUGGAGGCCAGUAACCGUGUGUGGGUGCGAGUCUUUAUCGAGACGAUGGACUCGUGGCUUCCUAUAAAUCCCAGAUUACAGCAGUGGGCUCAUCAGCUGGACAGCGCAGGUCUGAAGGCUGCCGAGUCCUUCAUCAGCCGGUAUUCUUCUCACUUACAGCAGCUAGACCUGCAGCCGCUCCUCACGUUUGCUCCCCUGAAGAACGCUCUUCUCAAGACUUUUGACACCAUCCAGGAAUUAUUCAACAGCAAUGAUUUUACUUUAAUGGAAUAUCUAAGACAGGCUCCGGCCAAGGACGCGCGUCUGUUUAUUUGGGCUCUAGAGUCAGGUCGAGAGCGAUACCAGUCCUGUCACUUCAUUCUUGAUCAGUAUUUUGAAGAUGAUGCUGUUUGUUUAGUCAUUAAAAAGAUGGAGGAUGAUGAGAACAUUAAUACCGUAUUUAAGAGUAAAACCAGACAUCGGAAAAAGAAGCAGAAAGAUUCAAAGUCUGUUGUGCUUCUGUCGGGAAUGAGAGGUGGACACUCUAGAGAUGAAGAUGAGGAUGAGGAUCUGUUCUCGGAGGACGACCCUUUUUUGUUCCUGAGUGGUGGCGAUCCAUUCAGUGUUCCCGAUCACCUCCGCGGUCAGCUGGCAGAGUUUGAGGAACAGUACUCGGGAUCUGCACACAGAAGCUAUUAUGACAGAAUUCUGGACAAUAACACAGAUCCCACUAAAGAGAGUUUAUAUGAUUAUUUUGCUCAGAUUCUGGAGGAACACGGUCCUCUCUGUGCGUCGGAUCCGCUGAUGGUCGGCGAGUUGGAAAACUUUCCUUUGGAGGCGCGGCAGAAAAUCACCACGGCUGGGGGACUGGAAGCGUUUCUGCUGGAGUCUCUGCGGUUUGCCAUGACCGAUGAUGUGAUGGGACUGAUGAAACAUGUGGUGUCUCUCACAAACCCUUCUCAAGCCUCACAGAUGUCCCAUCUCAACCCCACCGCUAAAGAAUUCUGGCCUCAAACAGAUGUUUUGAGUGACGACGGGUCUCACGUUCAUGGGGCUUCCUUUGAUAGCAGCGCAGAGUCGCUUCUGUCGUUCCCUGUGACCUCUGAUUCCAUUCUUCUCCCUGAUCUGUACUCUCCCGAGGGUCCAGUUGCAGAUUUCCCCUUAGAAUAUGUGUCUGCGCAGUACACUAGCUCUGCCGCUGGAGAGACGGCUGUGAGUGUGCAGGCUUCUGAUGAGACUAAAGAUGUUUGCAUCAACACGGAGCCCUUAAUUCCCUUCGAGGAGAACAAUGGUGACAUGACGCAGAUGGAAAAGGAGACGCUGUGUCUGUCAGAGAAGGUUGAGCAGAUGAAGGCAGAUGUUGAUGAUGUUCAGCUGAAGAGAGGAGAGCUGAUUUCAUCGCUGCAGGAGGAACUGGAGAAGAUCACACACCGAGCGCAGAUCGCCGCCGCAGAACUUGCCCUGUUCCAGCAGAAACUGGAAGACGAGGUGAAGAAAGACCAGCAAGAGAAAAGAGAAAACCAGGAAACCCUGAAGAUGCUGAAGAUGAACAUCAAAGACCUCACAGAUACACAUGAAACUUUUAACAGAGACAUCCGGCACAGAAAUAAAGAAUACCAGACAGAACUGGAGCGUUGCCUGGACGUCAGUAACCAGUGUGCAGCCGAGCGGAUGAGUCUAGAAGAUGAAAGCAAGCGACACAGAGACGCAUGUGUGAGGGACCAGAGAAGAUCUGUGACGGCUCAGCUGUCAGUCCUUCAGAGUCAAAAAGAUCACGGCCUCCGAUGUCUGCGAGCUCGACUGUUUGAAGGGAUGAGUGUGGUGAAACACAUGACGGAGGCGUCGCACAGUUUCCCCCCUGCUGUGCUGCUGUCAGCCAUGGAUGACUGGAAGAGAUUUGUGUGUGACGUUGAAGACAAAAUCAAGGGCACUGAGAUGGUGUUUGAUUCUCGGAUGAAUGAAGUAAAGAAUGGCACCAGACUGUGUUCACUGUCACCCGUGUCUGUACCGAGCCCCCCUGCACCCCCCCCUGCACCGGGGAUGUUUCCUGCUGCUCUUCAGCAGUCCCACUACACACACAUGCCCCGCCGAACCCCCACACCCACGGGGCGCAGCACACCUCAGCCCUCAGAGAAACAUCCGGAGGAAUCUGCGGUCAGAGCAGCUAACGGCCAGCAGCACCUCACUGUGUAUGAGCGGAUGCUGGAGCGGCUCAACGGGAUGUUUCCUCAUUAUAACAGGCUGGUGUUGAAUAAAUUUAUCCAGGAGGUGCGUUCCGCUAACGGAGGUACUCUUAACCCCUUGACCUAUGAAGAUGUCAUCAACCGAGUUGCGCAGCUGAUCCUGGACCAUCAGGAGAACAUGCGGGAGCACAUGAACUUUGUGGUUGGCGACCUGAGUGACAGGGUCCCUCACAACUCCACUGGGUCUGAAAACUCAGCCAGGGCCUCUGGAACUCCCCCACUGACACAAGUGUGGAGGAACGUGUCGGAAAAACAUCGCAACGCUGCGCUGGCUCUGAACAUGGAGGAUCCGUGUAUCAUCUGUCAUGAGGACAUGAGCGCUGAAGACAUGUGUGUGCUCGAGUGUCGCCACAGUUUCCACAGACAGUGUAUAAAGUCAUGGCUGAAGGAACAGAGCACGUGUCCCACAUGCCGAGAACAUGCGCUGUUACCAGAAGAUUUUCCCGUCCUUCCUGGGAAACAUCGCAAGAGUCACGUGUCUGCAGCCGCACACACCUCAUGAAACCUUAAUAGUCCCACUGUAGGUCUAUUUCACUUUCUCUUCAAUUCCAUCAAAUCAUCUGUUCUUGAACAUGCAUAUAACAUGUUCUGUUUUUACAUUGAGUGCAGCUGUGGACCAAUCGAUUAUUUUCAUUCCAGUCACACUAAUAAAGUUCCAUCACCUCACCUCUAGAGAAAAAGAUUUUAUUUUUCUGCUUUUAACUUUUAUUGCAUUUUGUCUCUACAUUUUACUUCAUUAAAACAUUUAAUUGAAGAAAAAAA